AUGGGAAUUUUCCGCAAAGCUUCUCUGUCGCGGCCGGAAGGCGAGGCAGGCAAGACAUGGCCAGCCAUAGCUAUGGGCUUCUUCGUUGCCUUUGGCGGAGUCCUCUUUGGCUACGAUACUGGAACGAUCUCAGGUAUCCUCGCUAUGCCGUACUGGCAGCGGCUUUUCAGCACUGGCUACGUCGAUCCCAACGGUGACCCCAACAUCACGACCGCACAAGAGUCCACAAUCGUCUCUAUCCUUUCGGCCGGUACCUUCUUCGGUGCUCUUAGCACGGCUCUGUUCAGCGAUUACCUCGGCCGACGACCCGGUCUUAUAAUUGCCUGCUGGAUCUUCAACCUCGGGGUUGUUCUCCAGACCAUCGCCACGGCUAUCCCGAUGUUUAGCGCCGGUCGAUUCUUUGCAGGCUUUGGAGUCGGUCUCGUCUCGGCAAUGAUUCCUCUGUAUCAAUCCGAAACAGCGCCGAAAUGGAUUCGGGGUGCCAUCGUUGGAGCUUACCAGUGGGCUAUCACGAUCGGCCUCUUGUUAGCUGCCGUCCUGAACAACGCGACGGGGAUGAGGAAUGAUACGGGAUCCUAUCGCAUCCCCGUGGCAGUUCAAUUCGCCUGGUCGCUUGUCCUCUUCUUUGGCAUGCUGGUCCUUCCAGAAACACCUCGAUUUCUCAUCAAGAAGAACCAGCCCGAGAAGGCCGCACUCUCGCUUGGUCGAAUCCGCCGUCUCCCCUCUGAUCACCCCGCCGUCCAAGAGGAAUUGGCAGAGAUCCAUGCCAGCCAUGAGUACGAGAAGAACCUUGGGCAGGUGUCUUAUCUAGACUGUUUCCGUCCACCUCUGCUGAAGCGCCAGCUCACGGGCAUGGCCAUCCAGGCCCUGCAGCAGCUCAGUGGGGUGAACUUUGUUUUUUAUUACGGCACCAAAUACUUCCAGAACUCUGGCAUUUCGAACGGUUUCAUCAUUUCUAUGGUUACUUCAGCGAUCAACGUUGCCUCGACAGUCCCUGGCAUGUACGCCAUUGAUCGUUGGGGCCGCCGACCUCUUCUCCUCUGGGGAGCUAUCGGCAUGUGCGUUUCUCAGCUAAUUGUUGCUGUCUGUGGAACUGUCUCAACUGGCCAAAGUGCCUCGACAGGCGAGAUCUUUGUCAAGAAUAUGGCCGGGCAGAAGGCUUCUGUGGCAUUUGUCUGCAUCUACAUUUUCUUCUUCGCUUCCACUUGGGGUCCGUUGCCUUGGGUGGUGAACGGCGAGAUUUUCCCCUUAACCGCUCGCGCCAAAGGUAUUAGUAUGUCUGUCGCCACGAAUUGGCUUUUUAACUGGGCUAUCGCUUUCUCGACGCCGUAUCUUGUUAACUAUGGCGAAGGCUACGCGAACUUGCAGUCCAAGAUUUUCUUUGUCUGGUUUGGAGCUUGUUUCCUUUGCAUCUUCUUCGUGUACUUUUUUGUUUACGAGACAAAGGGUCUUUCUCUGGAGGAAGUUGAGCUUUUGUACGACGAAGUUUCUGUCGCAAGCAAGUCAGUCCAUUGGAAGCCUUCCGCUACAAUGGUGCAGAUUCAGGGCGGCCAGGUUGAUGGAGAGAAGGUCAUGGAUACUAGGGAGCUGAGCGCCUCUCACCAUGAGGGCAAGUCUUCGGAGAGCGCUUGA